GUAAAUUUCAAGUUGAUUAUAUCUUAUCAGAUCGCCGAUCGGGCGGGCGGGCUGUCAUCAACGAUCGUUGUCGCGUAUGCUAUGCAUCGGCGUGGGGACUGUGGCUGUGGCUCAUUGACCUUGGCGGAUGUCAGCAGCAGCACAUACACACUCGCUUGCAUAGCCGAAGGUCCCCCUCCGUCACCGACGAAGCCCAACCAGCCCAGCGACUGACUCCGAGAUGACAACAGCACCGCCAAAAUAUCAUGAGCCUGUCCAGGGGACAAUCUUCCAUGGCGACGGUCGUGAAGAAGCUCUACAAAAACACCUCCUCCAGCUGCCCGCGUUGCAAUCAGAUGCAACAAAACACCUCUCUCUGUUCGACCGCUCUCAGCGAGUCCUCGAUGCCAUUCACGAGUUUGGAAAGGGAGCGAACAGGUAUCUUAUGAGUGUCGGAGAUACAAAGGGGAAACAGGUGGAAGAGUUGAUUGCUAAGCGAAAGCCAAAGCUCAUCCUCGAGGUCGGAACCUAUGUUGGAUAUUCAGGCAUCUCAUUCUCAAGGCAACUUCUCGAAGCCCAUCCAGAUGCGACAUAUCCUGCCGAUUGGAGCUCUAGCGGCUCGUCGUCUAACCGUGCCGGAUACAUCUGUUUGGAGAAGAGCGAGGUGUACGCGAGCACUGCUCAAACCGCCUUUGAACUGGCAGGCGUGGUCAAGGCCAUCAAGGUUCUUGUGGGCGGCUCCAGUUCCAGCAUCAAGUCUUUGAGAGACGCGCUCGGCCUGUCAAAAGGUCAGGCGUUGGACAUGAUCUUCCUGGAUCACGUCAAGUUCCUCUACUCGACAGACAUCAAGCUCUUAGAGUCCGAAGGCUUGAUCGACAUUGGCACCGUCAUCGUCGCCGACAACGUGGUCAAACCAGGAAAUCCAGCGUACCUUUCCUGGGUCAGAGCAACGCCCGCUCAAAAGAAGGCUUCGCUCAACAAACCAGCGUUGACGGAACAGCCAGAAACGACACCUAAUCCUCCUUCUUCCGAAUGGUCAACAGCCUUCAGAGACGGGCCGCUGGACGAGACGAGAUGGGCUUUCCCAGAAGCAGAGGGGUACUCAGCCCCUGGAGAUCCGAGCCUAGUAUACAAGAGCUCCAUGCUCGGCGGAUGGGAUCCUUACACUCAGGAAGAGGAUGCGUGCGAAGUAUCUGAAUGCGUCGGACGCGAGUAGGUGUCACCUCUAUGACCAUCAU